CCUAGGAAGGAGGCUCUCUCUGUUUGCUCAGCUGCAGCAGCCUCCUCCAGUCUCCUUUGCCUGGGCUGGCUCUGGCUGGAGCUGCGGAGGAGUCCCAGGGAGGGAGAGGCAUGGCUCUCCUCCUCCGGCGCUUCUGGUGGCUCAGCCUCGCCCAUCACAUCAUUGUGGUCACUGCGUGCCAUGAAACCGCCUAUGGGCAACUUAUCCAGGAAUUCUGCCUCACCAAGUUUAAAUCUGACAUGGAAACGCUCAGGAAGACACUGUGGUGUGAUUGGGAUAAGACUCUGGGAUGGUAUGGGGAACUUACCAACUGUACUUUCCUGAUAGCUGCAAAACUGAACUGUUACUGGCCAAACCAGCUGGUGGAUGAGUUCUUCGUAGCAAUUCAUAGGCACUACUUCAAAAGCUGCCCUGUCUCAGGAAGGUCUUUGAGAGAUCCUCCUAACUCCAUUUUGUGCCCUUUUAUUGUGGUACCCAUUUUUGUCACUCUGCUCAUGACAGCCCUGGUAGUGUGGCGAAGCAAACGCAGUGAAGGCAUUGUUUAAACAUCUUCUGCACUUGGAGCACCAGGGCAAGGUCUGCAUCCAUCUGCAAAGAAGUAUCCCCAAAGUCUUCAGAUUCAGGAAACUGGGGCACUGGAACUGGACACCAGGCGAUCUGCACUGAGGAACAAAUUUUGUUACUCCUUCUGUGGAGAUGCAAAUGUAUAUAUAUGAAGACAGUAUUUCCACACACUGUUGAGUGGUAGAGCACAUCUCGAUCUGCAGCGGAAAAGGCAAUAACCAUCAACAUUCUCUGGAUAAUAACUGUAUCAUGAAAGCUAAGAAAAAGCACCCGGGACUAAAACAUUUUUCUAGUUAUCUGAAGCCCUCUGAUACUCUCAUGAUUUAAUCAUACGGGAGGAACGUCUUCUCCAGGUCCUCUAUUUCCAGCCUUCAAAUUUCCUUUCCCGCUGGGUUACCUCUGGUUAUCUCUCAGUGCCCUUGUGUUUCUCUUUGGUCAUUACCUUGCCAUACACACUUCCCUGGGGACAGUGGACUAUUCUUUGGGUUGGGUAAUUUAUAAAUAAAAAACCCUGGUGGAUUUACCCACAGAUCUAAACUUGGUUGCAAAUCCCAAUCACAGUAAAUCUAUUGACUCAAUGAAAAUGCACAGAUUGUUUCCAUUGAUAUAUAUAUUUAUUCCAACUAUAUACUUUAGUUGGUAUUAAAAGCUCUGCACUCUUUAGAAGCAUGCCCCUGGUCCAUUUUAUGAUACUGAAAAGUAACUGAGGCUGCACAGCAGCUCAAUAAUUUGUUUUUAUAAAUUGCAUGCAUGUGACAAUAUGCAUUUUAGCAUUAUUUUGUUAAAGAAGGAACGAAGAGGGAUUGCCAUCCUAAGAGAUUAGCAGAGCAAUAAUUGGAAUGAAGAACUUGCCAGAUAUUUGCCUAAAUGAGCAAACAGUAUUUAAUGUGAAUGAAAAACUAACUUUCAAAGCGUAUGGGUGUGGAGGGGCUGGAAGAAAUGGAGUACUAAUAAGGAUAUGUUCAGGGUGUGCUGUAGAAAUUAUUUGUACCAGAUUGUAAAUCACACGAAACCAGUCAAACAGUCAUUGGCCCCAUACAGACAGGCCAAAAUAAAGCUGCUUCGGGUCUCCUUGGAGGUAUGCUGUUUAAAUGAUGCAUGGGUCCUAAGAGUCCAGAGGUUGCGCCAA